UAAAAUCCUUCGCCGCUUGCGUUUGCUUGCUUCCUCCUCUUAUUUUGCGUCGAACGCGAGGCUGCCCUCCCCCCUAAAUCCUCUCUCUCUCGCUCGCUCGCUCGCUAGCUCGCUCCCUCUCGUUCGCUCGAUCUAAGAAUCGAUCUCUCUCUCUCUCUUUCUUUGUUGAAACGAUUAAUGGAUACUUCAUCCCUCGAUCUGAGCCUGCUGUUGUGUUGCCUCGUCUUCGUCCAGCUCGAUUCCAUCGCUCUCUUGCUUGCCAAGUCUUCCCAUCCUCAGAUUUUUAGUCAACCCUGUAUUCCCUCUUUCUGACUAUAGGAAAAAAAAAAAAAAAAGAAACACAGAGGGAAUCGGUAGGAAUUUCGUGUGUAUUUCUUCCCCUGGAGCCGGCGUCGUUGCGGAAGCAGCAAUGGGGAAGCGUAGCUCGCAGCGUAAACAUGCUGCAAUGUUGGAUAGUGAUGAUGAUAAUAGUAGUGUAAGUUCGUCGUCGGAUGCCCGUUCGGACCACAUGUCAGUCAGUGCGAACGAGGAAGUACAGCUUGAUAAAGAUAGGUUGCUUGAUGAAGCUCUUGAUGCUUUGUAUGAGAAGAGGGGUUCUACACGGGAGAAAGCAUUGUCAGCAAUAAUUGAGGCUUUCAAUAGUGGCCUGCAGCACGAGUUUGUGGAAAAGAAAUUUGCUACCUUACUGCAUCCGUGCAUAACUUCAAUAAAGAAGGGUUCUGCCAAAGAGGUAUCAUUGGCAUCACAUGCUAUUGGGCUGUUGGCUUUGACCGUUGGUUGUGGUGAUAAUGCUCGGGAGAUUCUGGAAGGAAUUUUUCCUACACUACCACAGGCUCUCAAAAUAGGAGCUGAUUCCUCCAAAAUAUCUGCGUUGUUGGAGUGUCUGGCUAUUGUCACCUUUGUUGGAGGAAAUGAUCCUGCUGAGACAGAGAGGUCAAUGCAAAUUAUGUGGCAGCUGGUGCACCCAAAACUUGGUUCCAAUGUGGCCGGUGUUAAACCUUCGCCGGCAGUAAUAACAGCUAUGGUUUCUGCUUGGGCUUUUCUCCUUACAACCAUAGACGGUUUGAGUCUUGAUCCAAAAUAUUGGCAAGAGUCUAUUUCAUAUUUAUCUGGAUUACUAGAUAAGGAUGACCGAUCAGUCCGCAUUGCUGCUGGGGAGGCAUUAGCUGUGAUUUUUGAGAUUGGAAGCCUUGAAAAGUUCUGUUCUCAAGUUAAAGGUGCUGGUGGCGGCUCCACUCAAGAGGGAAAGGAGUUGGCGCACAUGCAUGGUUUGAGAGGAAAAGUUUUGAACCAAGUCAGAAACCUUGCAGUGGAAGCAGGCGGUAAAGGUUCUGCCAAGAAAGAUCUAAAUAGCCAGCGCAACCUGUUUAAGGAUAUCCUGGAAUUUCUUGAGCAUGGAGACUCUCCUGAGACCUCAAUGAAGAUAGGUGGAGAUGCUUUACAGACAUCAGAUUGGUGUCAGUUGAUACAGUUGAACUUUCUAAAGCACUUCCUCGGUGGUGGUUUUGUGAAGCACAUGCAGGAGAACGAUCUCCUUCAUGAUAUUUUUGGCUUUGCUCCGAAGAAAAAGUAUAAUUUAGGAGCUGAACACCAAAUGUCUAGUGGUGAAAAGAGGUUGUUCAGGUCCCCAAACUCUGUCCUUAACAAGGCGAGGACCCAAUUCUUGAACAAGCAGCGCAUGUUGUCCAAGGGUAGAAACGUUGGGCGAUUUGCAGUGGGUGCAGCCGACGAUGAACUCUGAAUUGGGUAGUGCUCACUACCAAUUUAUACUUUUCUGCCGUAAUUUGACUUGGCAGUUUUAAGGCUAAUGCUCGAUGAACUUGGUCUCAUACUCCAUAGGUCCCAUUUUAGAUUCUGCUUUCAUAUACGUGAUUUGGGCACUCAUUGCCAAUUGCCCAUGUUUAAAAGUUCACUCUUAUUACACUAUCGGUUGAAAAAGGUGUAUGCCAUUCUUUAUUCUCUGUCGUUA